UGUUUAAUAAUCGUCAUCGUUGACAUCCGGUUCCUAUUGGACAGAAAAGGCCCUGCGUGUCUGAAAUGACGUCAUCACGUAGUCUCCCAACCUGUCCUUGAAAUUACGGAGUGGUCAAAAUGGUUGCAUAUUGGAGACAAGCAGGCCUGAGCUACAUCCGCUUCUCCGCCAUCUGCGCCAACGCUGUGCGGGCUGCGCUGAAGCCGCAGUUCAAAGUCGAGGCACUGAAGGCUGCAGAAGCCAGCGUCAAAGUCAACAAGCCCAAAACAGCAUGAUGUGAAACUGUUGUAAAUAGUUUUUUUCCUGGGUUAUGAGGCCCUGCUGCCCUCCUGUCCUUCAAAACAUGGAGAAGAAGAGUUGGAAAACAUCCACAUGACACGUUAGAGACUGGGACCUGAAUGAAAUUUGUUUUUUUCAUUUGUAAUUAAAAAUGUCCAUCGUAAA